UGUCGUAAUAAAACAAUAAAUAUAAAGUAUACUAUAAAUAUAAAUUAAAAUAAUAAAUAUAAUAAAAAAUUAUUAAUAAUAAUAUAGUAAAAGAAAGAGAUGGGAAAUAGGAAAAGAAAAGUAGCAUUUGUAUAGUGCAAAGAUAUAGCCUCUAACAUUUAAAGCAUAAACACACACACAAAAAAAAAAAGGAAAUUGACACGUGUUGAUACAUAAUCAAUUAUGGACACAGAUUCAUGAUAUAACAAUCUCAUAUUAUUGUAUUAAUAUCUUAAAGAUACAUAUCAAAAAUAAAUUUUAAGCUUUUUUGGGUAAGAUUUGAACUUGGUGUCUUUUCUUUAUCCUUUAUUUUUAUUAGAGAAAUUCUUACACCAAAGUCUAGUUUUAUUAUUAUAUUUGAGAUAAAGAUUUUGACUUAGAGAAAAAAGAAAAAAAAUACAAAAUAGAAGUGUGAGUUUACACUCUCUAUUUUAAGAUAGGAAUUAGUUAGGUUUCAAUAGAGGUGGAUGCGUAGUAAAUAUUCUCUACGUAGAAAAAAUUAAAUAAUUUUAAAAUUAGACCUCAUAAAUGCCCAAAAGAUUUCUGCUGAGAUUUCAUUUAUAACUCAGCCUAGUCUAUAUUAAUUCACAACCAUAUGUUACAUAUAACCUAAGGGUUUUUGCUUCCAAUUUGCAUCUUCAUUACAUUUCAUUGAGAGAGAUGGCCUCAUUAGAAGACUCUCCAAAUUCACCACCAAACCCAUCUUUUGCAAUAAGAAAAACAUCUCACGGGUUCUUGAGAAGCCUCUCUUGGAAAGAAGCACCUUCAUUCUCAGAGUUUCCUUACACUCCACCUCAUUUUGCCACCCCACACCGCCGUUCCUCUCCCUUCUCCUCCCCUCCUCGACCCCACACACCAUCACCGAUUAACUUUGUCGCCAAUAACUCUAAAACUACGUAUACUUGCCUAUCUUCAAUCCUUAAAAAGGACGGUCAAGUACUGUCCAUGGCAAUUUCGAAUGGUGUUAUAUAUACCGGCUCCAGUAACAAUUUGAUACGAAUGUGGAAAAUGCCAGAGUUCACCGAGUGUGGACAGCUUAAGACAAAGGCAAGCAUGGCGGUUGCAUUGGGAGUUUCACAUGACAGAGUUUAUGCUGCCUAUGGCGAUGGCAAGAUUCGAGUUUGGCGAAGAACAUGGGAUGGAUCUUUCAAACACGUACGUUUGGCUACUAUACCUAAGACCGGAGGUUAUGUCCGGAGCUACAUUGCCGGGAAAGACAAGACGAUGAAACACUUGGGGCCAAUAACAUCAUUAGCAAUCAACAUUUCUGAUGACACACUGUACUCAGCUUCCCUUGAUAAAACAGUAAAAAUAUGGAGAUUAUCAGACCUCAGAUGCAUAGAGACAAUCCAAGCACAUUCGGAGCCAAUCAACGCCAUAGUCGUGGCGGACGAUGGAGUACUCUACACAGCCUCUGAUGAUGCUACAGUCAAAGUCUGGCGUCGGAAUUUUUGUACUGGAGAUUGGCCACAUUCCCUUAUCGUCGUUUUACCUGCAAAGUUCUCACCUGUAAAGACAUUGACCCUGACCGCAGAUAACAGGAUCCUAUACGGAGGGUGCACCGACGGCUAUAUUCAUUACUGGCUUAGAGGUGGAUUUUCAGGCCAACUACAGUAUGGUGGUGCACUACAAGGUCACACACAUGCUGUUAUGUGCAUCGCGAAUGUUGGAAACUAUGUAAUUAGUGGAUCAGCUGAUUCAAGUAGCAGAGUUUGGCUUAGAGAAUCAGACGGGCAACAUACUUGCCUGGCUGUUUUAAUUGGGCAUAGAGGACCUGUAAGAUGUGUUACAGCAGGUUUAGGGAGAUUGGGAGAUGAUAAUGAAGAAGAAUGCACAAUAUGCACAGGGAGUCUUGACGGAGUCAUAAAAUUAUGGCGGGUGACGCGUACCAGCAAAGACAGUGGACCUCUGUCAACAAGUGGGUACGAGUAUUUUGAGCUGCAAUAAGAGAAUCAUAUUCAGUGUGCUUCAAAGUGUACAGUGCAGUUAAAGAAUUAAGAACUGAGCUAGUUGAUUAUUGUUAAUCUUUUAUUAAUGUUAAUUAAUGAACUACAGUAUAUACAGACAUUGCACAAA